CCCGCUGCCGCAACUCGAGUAGCAAGUCACCUCACGAGUCACGACUCGGAUUCGCUCGUUCACCUCCCGGCACGCGCGCACCGGCGCACGCAAAAGCACCUCUCGAGCCAGGACGCCAGCUCCCCUCCCUCUCCGUCUUAUCAGCCUCGCCCUUCUAGAAGCUUCCGGAAGCCAACCCAAGCCAUGGCUGCCGACAGCACCGCCGCCGCCGCCGCCGCCGCGGCCACCCCGGCCCCCGCCCCGGCCGCGACCGUGCAGGUGCCGCGCGGGCAGGUGGAUCUGAUCGACUUCAUCGACUGGACCGGCGUCGAGUGCCUCAACCAGGACUCGUCCCAUAGCAUCGUCAACGCGCUCAAGCAGAGUUUGCGGGACGACGAGGGGUUGUACCUCGCCAGCGAUUCGGACGAGCAGCUGCUGAUCUACAUCCCCUUCAUGCAGGUGAUCAAACUGCAUUCCGCGCUAUUCAAAGGCCCCGAGGAAGAGGGCCCCAAAACAAUAAAACUCUUCUCCAAUAAAGAGCAUAUGGGUUUCAGCAAUGUCAAUGACUAUCCACCAAGUGACACCCUCGAGCUAUCCUCCGAUCAUUUGAUAGAGAAUAAACCUUUGCCGCUAAAGUAUGUCAAGUUCCAAAAUGUUCGCAGUCUGACUAUAUUUAUUGAGGACAACCAAAGUGGAAGUGAUGUCUCAAAAAUUCACAAGAUUGCUCUUUAUGGAACAACUGUGGACACAACAAAUAUGAAAGAUUUGAAGAAGAUAGAAGAGCACUGAGACCAUUUAAAGGUUGAGCUUAUUCCAGUGGGUGUAUGGCAUACUAGAAACAGUUAGAUGGAUGUUAAAUUGAGCAAUUUCUAGUUGACCCUGGCAACUUCUUUUCCCCUAUUUUUAUACAACGAGGAGUUCAAAGAGUGCAAGUCUGGUGAUGCCGAAGCUAUUGCCUCAUGGCAUCUUGUAAUCCUGCAAUUUAUGGCUUUGGGUGUGACAAUCAGAUGAUCCGAAUCCAUUUCAUGAAUGAACCAAAAUUACUACAUGCAUCCAUGGUCUUGCAAA